UCCUCGGCUCACGCAUCUGAUCCUGGACGUCAAGCUCCGAUCCGGCCGCCAUCCCACGCUUGCUCCUCCGCUCCAAUUCCUCCGAUUCUUCUCCUCCACACUCAGUAGGGCAGCGUAGGCGGAGCAAGAGUUUCGCGAUGUCUGGUUUGAGGAUAUUAGUGCCCAUCAAGCGGGUCAUUGACUAUGCGGUCAAGCCCCGCGUCAACCGCGCCCAAACGGCCGUCGAAACCGCAAAUGUCAAACACUCGAUGAACCCCUUCGACGAGCUCUCCAUCGAAGAAGCCGUCCGCCUCCGCGAGCGCAAAGUCCCCGUCUCCGAAAUCGUCGCCUUCUCCGCCGGCCCCCCCAAAUCGCAAGACAUCCUGCGCACCGCCAUGGCCAUGGGCGCCGACCGCGGCAUCCACGUUGUCGUCGAGGACAAGGACCCGCAAUUAGAGCCGCUGGGCGUGGCGAAGCUGCUGAAGAAAGUCGUGGACGAGCAGAAGAGCAAUCUGGUGAUACUGGGGAAGCAGAGUAUCGAUGACGACGCGGCACAGACAGGGCAGAUGCUGGCGGGGCUGCUGAACUGGCCGCAAGCCACGCAAGCGAGUAAGGUGCAGGUUGAGGGUGAGACGGUGACUGUGACGAAGGAGGUAGAUGGCGGUGUUGAGACGGUCAGGGCGAAGCUGCCCAUGAUUAUUACGACGGAUUUGCGGUUGAAUGAGCCGCGGUAUGCGAGCCUGCCGAAUAUUAUGAAGGCGAAGAAGAAGCCACUCGAGAAGAAGACGUUGAAGGACUAUGAGCUAGAUGCGGCGCCAAGGUUAAAGACGAUUAAGGUGACGGAACCGCCUCCACGGAAGGGUGGCGUCAAGGUUGAGGAUGUGGAUGGCAUGAUUAGCAAGUUGAAGGAGCUGGGUGCUUUGUAAGAGGGUACAAGAGGAGGCCAGGUGCGACUUGUAUAUAUGUACUGGCUUGGGAUAGAUUUUGAAAGAGCAAUACAUGAUUGCAAAAAGUAGAUUGGAUGCCAGCUACGCAGCGUGGUUCUGUGCACCAUCACCAGUGGUAUUUUUCCUGCGACACAGGAGAAUUCCGGGUGCCGCAUCUACCACGUCUCCUGCUUAUACCUCCCGGUCUUCUCCAUAUCCACCAAGUACGCCUCGGCGUCUUCUCGACUCAAGCUCCCAUGCGUCUGGAACGCUUCAAUCAAGGCCUCGCGCACAGCUUGCGGCAUCUUACCCGAG